AUGAUUAUUGCACAUGAAUUCUUUGAUGCAUUACCAAUUCAUCUUUUUGAAUGUACCUCAAAUGGUUGGCGUGAGGUUAUGGUUGACAUUGAUGAUACAGAAAAUAGGCAAUAUCAUAAUUUUCGUUUAAUUGUGGCGCCAGGCCCUACAAGGGCAUCUAUUGCCUUAACUGGAUCACUAGCAUAUAAAAAGUUCAAGAUUGGAGAUAGGAUUGAAAUAUCCCCAGAUUCAAUGAAAAUUUCUAAACAAAUCGCAAAGCAUAUCAAAGACAAUGGUGGUGCGUCACUUAUUAUUGAUUAUGGACAAGAUUUCAUUCAAGGAAAUACUUUGAGGGCAAUAAAACAACAUGAAUUUGUUCAUCCAUUGAGCGACCCAGGACAAGCAGAUUUAAGUGCUGAUGUGGAUUUUUGUUAUCUAAAAGAAUCUGUAACAGAUUUAGCAUAUUUGUUAUUAGUUGACACGUAUGGUCCCAUAACCCAAUCGAAAUUUCUUCAAUCACUUGGUAUAAAAGCUAGACUAUUAAUGUUGUUAAAAAAUGCAUUGCCUGCACAACAUAAAGAUUUAAUAUCUUCAACCGAAAGACUUGUUCAUCCUUCGGCAAUGGGUGAAAUUUAUAAAGUAUUGUCUUUUGUGCCAAAAGGAUCUUUAGAGGCACCCAUGGCUUUUGAAAAAUCGAAAGAUUAG